UUGCCUUCCCUUUGCCUUCCCUUUGCCUUCUGCCUUUGCCUGUGUUGCUGUGGCCUGGACUGCGCUUAUACCAGACUACGCACUGUACGUGAUGGCCUCCUCUCCACUGGGAAACAUGUUCGGCCGGGAGAUCAACGUCAGCGCUCUGCUCAAGGCGAACGACAUCACGCUGGACGUGCAACGGCAUCUGGCAAACGUCUACGCUGCCCUGGCCGCGACUGUCCUGGCCUGUGCGUUCGGCGCUGCGGCGGAUCUAUGGCUGCAUGUCGGAGGGCUGCUGACCGUGGUCGCAGGCCUCGGCGCGAUGAUGUGGCUCGCGGCUGACCAGGACAAGAACAACUACCCCAAGAGGGUUGGCAUCUUGCUCCUCUUUGGCCUCCUGAAGGGCUUGUCGCUGGGGCCGCUGAUCGACAUGGUUCUGCACGUGGACCCGUCGAUUCUGGUUACCUCUCUGCUGGCCACCACGACCGUGUUUGUGUGCUUCGCGGGCACGGCCCUAUUCGCCAAGCGGCGGAGCUACCUCUACCUCGGCGGCUUGCUUUCCAGCGUCCUGAGCGUGCUGAUGGUGGCGUCUCUGCUCAACCUUUUCAUGCGCCUGGAGUUCCUGAUGAGCAUACAGCUCUACGGCGGCCUCGCUGUCUUUUGCGGUUACGUGAUAUUCGACACCCAGCUGGUGGUGGAGAAGGCUACCCUCGGAGACAGGGACUUCGCGUGGCACGCGGCUGAGCUGUUCAUCGACUUCGUGGGCAUUUUCGUGCGCAUCUGCAUCAUACUCAUGCGCAACAAGGACAAGGAGGGAGACCGAAGCAGCAGCAGGCGCAACAGCAGGCGCAGCAGCAGCUACUACGGCAGUGGGAGCCGCACUGGGCGCACGACCCGCCGUUGAUUGAUUUCACGCAGCAAUCAAUCAAUCCCCGUCGAGGGUUCCUUGCCCCCCCCCCCCCCUAAUCUUGAGAGUAUUUAUCCUUCCUUGAGGUUCUAGGUUUUCAGGGUGGCCGGCGUAUUCCCGUGGCGACACGUCUGCAGUAUUAUAGUGGGGGGGGUGACGGCCACGAUGGGCGCGGCGCGUUGCGUGCGCGCGUCUCCUUGUGUCCUGCGGUUGGGUUGCCGAUCUGACGGCAUCCUCGCCAACGCUCGGUUGUUUUCUUGGCGCUCGCUUUUCCUCAAAAUGAACGCCUCCGCCCACGGUCGACGUUUGUUUCUAUUAUUCGUCGUCGUCGGUCGUCUUUGCUUUCGAAAUGCUGCUGAUCACUCUGUCCUUGUCGAAGCAUGCGCGCGUCGAAUGACGGGGCGUGCUGCUGCUGCUGUUGCUGUUGCUGUUGCUGCCUGAGCGCAAUUGGUCAGAAAAGUCGGGUUUUGUUGAGGCCGCUCGCGUUGAAAUGUGCCACAGAUACGUCCACAGGGAUGGCGACCGUAUACCUGUCCCUGUCAAGUCUACAGCGUAGAUCCACAUAGUAGCACGAACUCAAUACGAGUUCUGCGAAACGGCGUCAGUGGACAUCCUCAAGUCCCCUCUGGGGAGUGGUUGGUGUGUUCAGUAGCAAAGAGAGGCGAUAGAUAGCGAACAAGCGCCAGAAUUGAAAUAUGUGUGUUCUAUGUGCCCACGGCCGAGGAAACGCAAGUGCUUUGUGCCUUUGAUUUGAAAGCCCGCGGGGGGACAGACACGGGUGCCCCGAGAAUAGACGAGUUCUCCCUAGACCAGAGCGUGCAGUUGCCAUCCCUUGAGUUCGUUCAGAGGAUGGUUUUAGGGAGUGUUGGCUUUGAAGAAGCGCGGGGUGGGGGAUGACUAGAGGCAGACGAGCAAGGGUGAAGGACGAAUAAACAACUUGGUGUCUGCAUCCUGCUGCUGCUUCUGCGCCGUGAUACUCUGCGCCGCUCUUCCAUAUGCAACGGUCGGCAGCUUGCACGUGUGAUCCUUAAACCAAAAAAACGAACAAAACAUGUGGUCAUGAGC